GGCGGAAGUAGUUCCUGAAAGCGAAGCACUUCUCUCGGGGGUCCAUUAGGCUGCACUCCAAACUGAAAUCAUAUCCAGGUGUCCUUUAAACGUUGCCUCCAGCAGUAGCAUUAGUUUCCUUCAGCACCACCGAGAUGCCGCUGCAGUUUGAGCUGUGUCCCGGACGGAUGAUCGGAGGGAACCAUCCGUGCUUCAUCAUAGCUGAAAUUGGGCAGAACCACCAGGGAGACAUGGAGAUUGCCAAGAAAAUGAUUAAAAUGGCAAAGGACUGCGGUGCUGAUUGUGCCAAAUUCCAGAAGAGCGAGCUGGAGUACAAAUUUAACAAACGUGCCUUGGAGAGACCAUACAACUCCAAGAACUCCUGGGGAAAAACCUAUGGUGAGCACAAGCGCCACCUGGAGUUCAGUCAUGAGCAGUACAGGGAGCUGCAGAAAUACGCCUCAGAGGUGGGGAUCUUCUUCACAGCCUCAGGGAUGGACGAGAUGGCAAUAGAGUUUCUCCAUGAAAUCAAUGUGCCUUUCUUCAAAGUAGGAUCUGGAGACACCAACAACUUCCCCUAUCUGGAGAAAACAGCCAAGAAAGGCCGUCCGAUGGUGGUGUCCAGUGGGAUGCAGUCAAUGGAGACGAUGCGUCGGGUCUACAAGACGGUGAAGCAGCACAAUAAAAACUUUACCAUUCUCCAGUGCACCAGUGCGUACCCUCUUGAGGCUGAAGAUGUCAACCUCAGAGUGAUCACGGAAUACCAGAAGGAAUUUCCUGAUAUUCCCAUCGGGUAUUCUGGUCACGAGACUGGAAUCAGCAUCUCUGUGGCAGCUGUGGCUCUGGGAGCGAAGGUCAUUGAGCGUCACGUAACCCUGGACAAGAAGGCGAAAGGAAGUGACCACGAGGCCUCACUGGUACCAUCUGAACUGGCUGAGCUGGUUCGCUCCAUCCGUCUGGUGGAGAGGGCACUGGGAAGUGGCAUCAAGCAGAUGUUGCCCUGCGAGAAGGCGUGCCAUGACAAAUUGGGCAAAUCCGUGGUGGCCAAGGUGAAGAUCCCCAAAGGAACAGUCCUGACUCUGGACAUGUUGGCGGUUAAGGUGGCCGAGCCCAUGGGUGUCCCAGCAGAGGACAUCUUCCAGCUGGUUGGGAAGACUGUGACGGAGGAGGUGAAGGAGGAUGAGAGCCUCCUGUCUGAAGUGGUGGACAGCUAUGGCAAGAAGGCAAAGUCUUAAUCAUAAUAAAUGCUUGAAGCUUGAUAAAAAUAAAAAGGCACUUAUUUCAAGAGGUGGGUUUCUUUUAUUCAUAAAGGGAUAAUCUGGAUGUUGACAUGUUAUGUUUGGGGAUUAAUUUUUCCUUAAGUGGGUGAAUUUGUGUCGUUUACCUCAUGUAUAAUCAGCAAUCUUCCAAAUGUUUUAUGAAUGAAUCAUAAUUUUCUUUAUUCUAAAAAAAAAAAAACACGACAUUUUCAGAAAGUGGCCUUAACAUUAGAACUUUCCUGGCCAACUUCAGCUCUGUGGUCAGGGCUUUCAGAAGCUGCACAACCACCAGGUGGAGCUGUUAGGAAGAACAUUCAUUGCACUGAACCUUAACCCUCUGCUGCAAGAAGAAAUAAGAAAUCUAAACACAUGGAGAUGGAGAAGCUUUGAUCAUUUCAUUCAGACUGGUGAGAUCAGAGCCUGGUAGCCCAGCAGUCUUUGUGCCGUUUAUGCAGCUGUUCUGGGUGUGACCAAAUAAACACAGCCGCUUGUUUUUAUUCUGUGUGUGUGUGUGCCGCUGGUUCUCCUGUUGAAGAUCUCGGGCUGAAAGCAUUCUUUCUUUAUGUCAGACACAAUAACUUACAGAAUAUGUUACUGACACAUUUGUAUCUGAUUUGUGACAUGUUCUUAUAGAAAAACUUUCAAAUAAAGUAAUAAAACAUU